AUGGCUCCUUCAAAUGCGCAUGCAUGGAUGGAUUCGUGGGUAACGGUGUUGAAUGCCAUGAUUUCAUCAAAUGGUGGAAUAAGUUUCGGAGAGCCACUUCCGCUGAAACUCGAUGGGAACGUCCGCUUCCCUGCAUUUCUACCGCUGUUUGAACAUUAUGCCUUCAAGGACAACUCAAAAGUGGUCGUCAAAGUUGUUGAUGAGAAAGAUGCAAAGGGAUCGGUGUUACUGACGCGCCUGUCGCUCAGUGUGCACAACAAAUUCCAUCAGAACGAUUUCCGCGCUCGCUCACUGAUUAUCGUCCUGUACGACAAAAUGUUACAGAUUGAUAGUGACAGGGUAGGUAUUCCCUGCGUCUCCAUUAAUUAG